AAUAGAAUCUCCGCCCCUCCUUCCUUGCUCCAGGUCACCAUGGGGAUAGCUGCCCUGGGCCUCCUCUGUGCAACACUCCUGCUCCCUCUCUUGGUGUUUGGGGUCCCCACCGAGGAGCCCUCCUCUGGGGAAGCCGUGGCCUCGGGUUCCCCUGGGUAUUGUCAACGGUGCUGUGACUCUGAGGACGCCCUGGCCCCUGCUGAUGAAGCAGUGUCCUCGGCCUCUCCAUCUGCCCUCCCAUACCUGCUGCCUGAGGUCAGACCCUACAUUAACAUCACCAUCCUGAAGGGUGACAAAGGGGACCGAGGCCUGCUGGGCACGCCCGGGAAGCUGGGCCGCGAGGGUCCCCGGGGGGAGCGCGGCCCGCAGGGCACCAAGGGCGCCAAGGGGCAGGCAGGCAGCCCUGGCGGCCCGUGCCAGACGCGCUUCUCCGCCUUCUCAGUGGGCCGCAAGACGGCCCUCCACAGCAGCGAGGGCUUCCAGCCGCUGCUAUUCGACACGGUCUUCGUCAACCCCGACGGGCACUUCGACCUGGCCGCUGGCUGCUUCGUCGCCCCGCUGCGCGGCCUCUACUUCUUCAGCCUCAACGUACACAGCUGGAACUUCAAGGAGACGUACGUGCACGUGGUGCACAACGAGGAGGCGGCCGUCAUCCUGUACGCGCAGCCGAGCGACCGCAGCAUCAUGCAGAGCCAGAGCGUGAUGCUGGCCCUGGCGCCCGGGGACCGUGUCUGGGUGCGCCUCUUCAAGCGCGAGCGGGAGAAUGCCGUCUACAGCGACGACGUGGACACCUACAUCACCUUCAGCGGCCACCUCAUCAAGCCCGAGGAUGAUUAGUGCCCCCAGCAGGGCGGCCCCAGCCCCGGGGUGGUGGGGGGCUGUCCUCCUGCAGGGCCUCGGUGUGUCCCUCCGUAAAAUGGGCCCCCGGGACCUGGCAUUCUGGGUGAGCUUCCUCUUCUUUCCUUCCCUCCAUCACCCCUCUCUCUCUCCUCUCUUGAACAUACUUUAAGAGGUCCUCUAACCUAAAUAUUCUAGAACUUUCCCAGCCUUUGAGACCAGCACCUGUCAAACUUGAAAGUGGGUGUGAACCACCUGGGGACGGGGCUAACAUGCAGAAUCUGAUUCUGGUUCUGGAGUGGGCCUGGGGUUCUGCACAUCUAAGAAGUUCCUGGCUGAUGCUGAUGCUGCUGGUCUAUGGACCCCACUUAGGUAACCAGAUUCUAGAACUUUCACAACAUUCGUAGACUUUCUAAACAUUCUGGACUCCUCCAAACAUUCUAGACUCUUCCCAUCAUCCUUCACUUUUCUCAUCCCUCCAGGACGCCCCCCCCCAACGUCCUCGCGCUCCUUCCACCUCCUCUGUCACUCUCUUGUGCACCUAAGCAGCCGCAGUUCACUUAUUCAUUCAUCAAACGCUCGCUGAGCACUCACUCUGUGUUAGGCUCUGGGGAAGCUGAGGUGAAUCAGACGCAGGCCCUGCCUUUGGUGAGCACCCAGUCCAGCCAGGGUGGGGAGACUCAGGAUCAGGAAACCAGACCCAGAUAAAUGCACGGGGCUCUCAUCACAGAAGUCUGUGUCUGGGCGUUCAGGCACUGUGGCCCCUCCUUACCUGCAGAUCCCCAAGGUGGGUUAGAGUCCCCAAGGUGGGGGUAUUCUUUAUCCUUGUCCAUUCCUUUCCUUCCUGCCCAAUGACCUUCGUUAAAGCAAACCCCAGAAGGGCCUUGGUCAGGGCAAGGGUGCUAUGAGGGGAGGAUCCAGGGGCUUGGGGGUAAAGAGGGCCCUUGGGGAAGGGAGCCCGGACCCACAGCUCCCCACACGCCCAGUACAGUAACCUUCGAGGACUCCUCCCCUCUUCACACAUCCCCUUCCCCGCCCUGUCCGUCCACCCUCCCAAAGGUGCCUGGGCCUCCGUCCUCUCAGGCUCCCAGCCACUGUCAGACACUGACGUCUGUCCCCAGGUGCUCUCUGACCCUCCUUGGCCCCUCUCGCCAGCCCAAUGUCCCUGGCUUUCCAGGCCUGGUUAAGGUGCUGAGGCCCUGGUAGGAAGCUCCUGCCCAGCCUGAUGCUGCUUUUACACAAGCCACCGGGGCCGUGGGCCGGGCUUUGGACCCCUCAGCAGGUCUAGGGGACUGAAGCGGGCCACAUUGCAGGUCAGUCGGGGCGGGGGAGCCUCCUCUGAGCCAUGUUGCCAAGACAGGCACUGGGCGAGACCGAGGCCAAGUAAGGGACAUCUGGCCUUCUGUCCUUUCUCCCUCCUCCAGGGGGGGGCAGCCUGGCGGUCUCCGGCCUUCUCCUCCUAGCCCAGGGGGCCUGAACCUCCCUCCAGAGGGAAAUGGCCUCUACCCAUUGGUGCUGAUGCCGACUGCCGGGCCGAGGUGGCCCUGGCGGUGGUCUCUGGUGCUCACUCAUAGCUGACAGAUUCAUGGCUAAGUGGCUGGGGGCUGGCAGCAGGACCUGACCAAGUGCCGUGAAGGCUCGUGCUAUCCAGCCACCCCUUGCCUGACUUCGCCCCUGCCCUGCUUGUCCGGAGUGAUUAAAGUGUGUGUGUCUUUUUGGCA